GAGAGAGAAAGAGAGAGAGAGAGAGAGCGAGAGAGAGACUUCCACAGAGAGGAGGUGGAGAGAGAGAGAGCGAGACGGGAGGAGAGCUCCUCUCUCCCGGUGCACUUGGCAGUCUUGUUGCGGGCUGCUGUCGUGGCGUGGCUGUUCGUGCCAGGCGGGGGAACUUCACCACACUGGAGCCCGGAGUCCCACUCUCUCACCUGCGCAGUUCGGAGCUGCCAUGGGUCUCUUGCCUGGAUUUACUGUCCUAAUCAUUCUACCGGCCUUUCUGCUGCACACCAGCGGCCUUUACAUCGCCAGUAGCGUUGACUCCCUGCAGCACGUCCUGGGGGAGUAUGGACUGGUGAGGCCGAUGAGUGUGGACGCAGAGGGCCGCUUCCUGUCGCACGCUGUCUCGGCAGGCCGUAUGACAGGAGGGCAGCCCCGUAGGCGCCAGAAGAGGGAGGUAGGAGGAGGCAAUGAAGAGUGGGAAGGACCGAGAGGAGUCGACGAGGGCCAAGACCCGGAGCCGGUGGACCGCCGGGAAAGGCUCUACUACAAUGUCACCGUCUUCGGCCGGGAGUUCCACCUGCGCCUGCGCCACAACGCCAGGCUGGUGGCCCCCGGAGCCAAGAUCGAGUGGCGUGAUGACAACGAUAGCACCCGGCACUUUGAAACACUGCAAGAUGAAUGCCUGUACGUGGGUGACAUCACAGACACGCCAGGAGCCACUGUGGCGAUCAGCAACUGUGACGGCCUGGCUGGCAUGAUCAGGACGGAGCAAGAGGAGUUCUUUAUUGAGCCAGUGGAAAGAGGUGAUGGGGUGAUUGAGGAGGAGGGGACAAGAGGAGGAAGGUCGCACAUCGUUUAUCGCUCUUCAGCUGUAAAGAAGGCGCCCAUGGACAGUGCAGCGGGAGACUCACACUCCAGAGGUGCAGAUCUCGGUGGUCUAAUGGAUCUGGAGUCUCUCUAUCAAGGUGUGGAACAGAGCAUCAACCACACGCGAGCAGGACGCGCUCGCAGGCAGAGCAUGGACCGGGCCUACAACAUUGAGGUCCUGCUAGGCGUCGAUGACUCUGUGGUGCAGUUUCACGGGAAGGAGCACGUCCAAAAGUACCUGCUGACGCUCAUGAACAUAGUGAAUGAGAUCUACCACGACCAGUCUCUGGGAGCAAAAAUCAAUGUGGUGCUGGUGCGGAUUAUCAUGUUGGGCUAUGGAAAGUCCAUGAGUCUGAUAGAGCUGGGGAACCCUUCCCAGAGUCUGGAGAACGUGUGUCGCUGGGCCUUUCUGCAACAGAAGCAGGACACGGGGGACGCCGAGUAUCACGACCACGCGAUCUUCCUCACGCGGCAGGAAUUUGGUCCCACAGGCAUGCAGGGUUAUGCUCCGGUGACAGGCAUGUGCCAUCCGGUCAGGAGCUGCACUUUGAACCACGAGGAUGGUUUCUCUUCAGCCUUUGUGGUGGCACAUGAGACCGGACACGUGCUGGGCAUGGAGCACGAUGGUCAGGGGAACCGCUGUGGAGAUGAGGUGCACAUGGGAAGCAUCAUGGCUCCACUGGUGCAGGCUGCCUUUCACCGUUUUCACUGGUCCAGAUGUAGCAUGCAAGAGCUGGGACGCUACCUCCACUCCUAUGACUGUCUCCGUGACGACCCCUUUGACCACAACUGGCCAUCGCUGCCUCAACUUCCUGGUUUGCACUAUUCCAUGAAUGAGCAGUGCCGCUUUGACUUCGGUGUGGGCUACGCCAUGUGCACUGCGCUACAAAAGGCAGGCCAGUCAGGAACACAGUAUCGCACCUUUGACCCAUGUAAGCAGCUGUGGUGCAGCCACCCAGACAAUCCCUUCUUCUGCAAGACCAAGAAAGGACCACCCAUUGAUGGCACUAUGUGUGGAAAUGGGAAGCAUUGUUUUAAAGGUCACUGCAUCUGGCUGACACCUGACAUCAUCAAGCAGGAUGGAAACUGGGGUUCAUGGAGUGAAUUUGGACAGUGCUCCCGCACAUGUGGCGGCGGAGUUCAGUUUCGCACACGCGACUGUGACAAUCCAAGACCAGCCAACGGAGGCCGUACCUGCGUGGGGGCGACAUACCAGUUCCAGAUGUGCAACACCAACGAGUGUGAGGACAUCUACAGCGAUACGCGAGAAGAGCAAUGCCACGCUUGGGACCCUCGCUUCGAACAGCCCAGCAACAAGCACUGGCUGCCCUACGAACACCCAGACGCUAACAAGCGCUGCCACCUGCACUGCCAGUCCAAGGAGACGCGGGACGUGGUCUUCAUGCAGCGAAUGGUCCUGGACGGCACACGCUGCUCCUACAAGGACCCGCACAGUGUGUGUGUGCGUGGGGAGUGUGAGAAAGUGGGCUGUGACGGUGUGGUGGGCUCCUCAAAGCAGGACGACAAGUGUGGCGUUUGCGGAGGAGACAACUCCAGCUGCAAAACCUUCAAGGACACAAUCACUCGCACGGUCAAGAAGCAAGGUUUCCUCAAAGUUCUUGAAAUCCCCAGAGGGGCACGCCACUUACUGGUCCAAGAGCUGAAAGCAACCACUCACAUUUUUGCUGUGAAAAAUGUAGCUUCAGGACUGUUUUUCAUAAACGGGGAAAAUGAAUACCCGGAAUCAAGAUCAGUCAUCGAAAAGGGUGUGGAGUGGGAAUAUGAAAAUGACAAUAACAAGGAGACACUUCAAACCACAGGCCCUCUCAGACACGGAAUUCUGAUCAUGGUGAAAUUACAUGGAGAUGAGGAUGUGAAUUUGUCCUAUAAGUACAUGAUGAACAUGGACAGUGAUUCCUUCAUCCAAAACAACAUUCUGGUGGAGGACAGUGCCUAUGAGUGGGCCCCCAAGAGAUGGUCGUACUGCUCCAAGCCUUGUGGUGGAGGGAAACAAUACCUGCGAUAUGGCUGCAGAAGAAAAGUAGACAGUAAGAUGGUCCACAAGAGCUUCUGUAACAAGUCCAACAUGAAACCUCGAGGAGACACUCGAGACUGCAACCAGAAGCCCUGCCCUCCACCCAUUUGGGUGACAGGGGAAUGGCAGAACUGCAGUAAACCAUGUGGAAAGACCGGGAUGCAAGUCCGCUUAGUCAGCUGUGUCCAGCCGUCAGACGACAACACCACUAGAUCAAUCCAUAAUAAAUACUGCAACGACGACCGUCCAGAGACCCGCAGACCCUGCAACCGAGACCCCUGUCCAACCCAGUGGCGGGUCGGACCAUGGUCACAGUGCUCAGUGACCUGCGGUAACGGGACUCAGCAGAGGCAGGCAGUGUGCCACACCAGAGACAACACCAUCGGCCUGUGUCUGGACAGCAAGCCCGACACCAUCAGAAUGUGUCGGCUGGAUCCGUGUGCUAAGGGCUCAUCAGACCUCAACAAGAAUGGCAACAUCCUGAUCCAGUGGCUGUCUCGCCCCAGCCCCAACUACCACAAGAGCUCCUCACGCCGCCGUUGUCAUGGAGACCGCUCGGUGUUCUGUCGUAUGGAGGUGUUGAAGCGCUACUGCUCCCUACCAGACUUUCAGCGUCUGUGCUGCAAAACCUGCAGCAAUAUCACAGUCACAGAGUCUCGAGCAAACUUCACAUCCACCACCUUCACUUCCACCCCAACCACCGUCACGGCGCGUCCACCCACCAGCCUCACUUCUUUGUUCAGCACCUCCAUCCAGCCAACUAAAGCUGUCACCACAGCCACUCCAGAUGUUGCCACCAACUCCUGGACCAUGACUCAUCCUCCUACGUUCAUUACUGCAAGCCAUCAUCCCACCUUGACCUUGCUGGGUACCACAGAGAUGAUCACCACCCACCCAAAAGGUGCUACCACAUCACCUGUUAUCCCAGCCACAUCAGCUGCUACUGUCCCUCCCAGGACUACUGUGAAAACCCUUCCUGGGCCCGCUCCAGCAUCCACUUUACGUCCACUUCCACAGAGCACGCCAGGUUAUCCAACUGCCACUGUCUCUACGACACAAGUCACUCCAACCAACACGACAAGUGCCAACAGUAUCAAAACCGCACUACAAUCCCAAAAGCCCAAAAAGAAAGUUAUGCCAAAGAAAAAUACCCCAAAAGUGAGCCUGCCAAAAAAGAAAAUAGACAAAAAGGAUACACCAAAGUCCGUUCCCAAAAAGAACGCUACACCAAAAAAGAGCACACCGACCAACACAAAGCCAACAGCUGCCAACACAACUCCCAAAAAGACUACAGCAGUCAAAACAACGCCUAAAAACGCCACAGCAGGAAACACAACACCCAAUAAGACAACACCAGUCAAAACUGCUCCCAAAAAGAAUAAACCAACAAAGACAACUCCUAAAAAGACUACAUCAGUCAAAACAACACCCAAAAAGACUAUCCAAGGAAUCGCAACUCCUAAAAAGACUACACCAGUCAAAGCAACACCCAAAAAGACUUCCCCUGGAAGCACAACACUCAAAAAGAUUACGCCGGUCAAAGAUACUACGAAAAAGAUUACCCCGGGAAACAAAACUCCCAAAAAGACUACCCCAGUCAAAACUGCUCCCAAAAAGAUUAAACCGACCAAGACAACUCCGAAAAAGAAUGAACCGGCUAACACAACUCCUAAAAAGAUUAUGCCAGCUCACACACCACCCAAAAAGAUCAUCAACACAUCUCCAAAAAAGUCUCCUCCAUUUAAGAACCCUACUGAGAAAAAAAACAAUCCCAAAAAUAAAACUCCAUCAAAGACCUUACCCCCAAAAAACGCAAAAGUCACAAAGCAAACCCAAACAAAAACAGGCCUGAAGAAGAAGUCAAACGAUGCACCAAAAGAUCGCCCAAGUUUUCAGGAUAAAGUUAAUCCAAAUAAAUGCAACAGGACAUGGAACGUUCCAUUCACAAGCCCAGAGUCAUCACCCACUCGUUCCUCUACCACGAGUGUAUAUAGUACAGCCACAAGCCUGCCUUUACCAGGCCCAACAAUCAACACCACUGACACCAAUAAAAACUCAACAAGUACAGAUGAAGCUCUCUUGUGGCAAGAUGCCAACAACCUCUUUGGAACCACAACGCCAAGCAAUCUCCGAGACGUCACUCUGCCCAGUGAAAAUCCGUCAAUCACUGAUGUCACAAUGAGCAGCAGUGGGGAUGUCAUUGCUAGCAGGGGAGCCAUUCUGAGUGGUGACGGCAUCACGGUGUCCUUUGGCAGUGUGGAUGCGGCAAGUGACACCACGGUGCUCGAUGAUGGCUUCACUAUGACGAUGCCAACCAUUGACAGCGAAGACGUGACUGAUCUGACUUCCUCACCUGGGCUGGACCUUUCCGAGUACAUCCCUGUGACCAUCCCUGUCACCACCACAACACCUGCGUCCUCCCUUUCCCGCACACCUGGACAACCAACCGCUGUGACUCAUGUAGCUUAUACGGUAAGACCUCAGCAAGGGCAGAAAGACAACAAUGACAUUGACACCCUGGACAACAGGAUCAUCGGUGUGGACAGUGACAUUUCUCAGAGCAACCUGAUCCCAAAGCGACGCGUCAACCUCCGGGAAAAGACCAGGAAUAAACGUAUUCAGGAGCUUCUGGAGGAGAAGCGGAACCUUCUCCUCAGGAUGAAAAGAGGCCAUGCGGCGCGAUAGAGCACAACUUUCUCAGUUCUCUUAUAGAGACGACCAUCUUUGCAGACUUCUGGAAGCCCUUUUAAACCCCCGUUUAACACCUACUAUCAGGGAUUUAGCAACAAACUGUCACAACUGAGACAACCAACAAAGACUAUUGUGAAGCGACAACAAACAGUAGCUUUACCAACAAUACAGAAACUAGCACUUUACAAAAACAAACUUGUUACUCCUCAGAAUCAGCCUAAGUGGUGAUCAACAACUGGACAGUGAUAUCAGAUGGUACUAUUGAUACUGGCACUUAUGGAGUGACAAAGCCUACCACCUAUUUUGAUAUAACAAUAGAUAUUAAUACCUCAUGGUACCACUAAUGUAUCUACUGUGGUACUUCAUCAGUGUGUCUCCUCUCCUAGACCCUGGCAAGGGAGAGCAGUUUGGAAAUACUGCACAAACAAACACUCAGUUCAGAGAAUUGAAAGCUUACGCAACUGAGUUUCAUGUUGCCUUUUCCAGAGUUACACGCUUUGGAAUUUCUCAUCCACUUGUAAGUCAAGAUAAGGAUGCUUGAUAAGGGAUGAGUACAUUCUCAGCGUUGAGUCGAGGCAACUGGACUCUUCUUGUUGGUUGAAGACGUUUCACCUU